UAAACCACCCGAUCAAAUGGGAUGGGCAAUGCAUAUACUCGAGGUCCUCAGGAGAAAUCGGAGGACUAAGUUGAAGAAGGUUCACAUUAAAUGUGGGGUGACAAAGGAACAACUAUUGGCCAAGACAGGGUAAUGGACGACCAGUGGACGGAGAUAGUUACCUAUUGGUUUGAUGAGAAAACUGUGACAUUGAGUAACAAGAACAAGGUCAAUCGAGGUUUACGGAAGGAGAUUGCAACGUCUGGGGCUCAAAGUUUUGCACAAAUUUCUGAUGACAUGACGAAAGCUAACUGGGCUCCAGUCGAGCGUGCAGACGUGUAUCUAAAAGUAUACCAUAGGAGAGAUGGGACUGCUGUUACUCCCCACGCGCAAGAGAACAUAAAUAGGAUGGAAGAACUUUUGAGGCAAGAGGGCAUGCAACUACAAGGAGAGCCUGGUAGCGGAGAUCUCUGGUCCAAAGACGAUGCCUAUGCUCAGGUGUUUGGUCCAAAGUGCCUCGGACGUGUAUGUGGGGUGGGAUUUGGAAUCACUCCAUCUGGAAGAAGUGCCACGACUGUUUCACAGUUUACCUCGACUCCAUCGUUGCUAAGCAAAACAACCUAAAGGAUUUUGGAGUUCGAGAACAACUCCUCUAGACUGACUGAGCAACUAGCCCAAGUACAAGAACAACUCUCCCUGUCAGAAGCAAGACACCAAGAAUUAGAAGCAAGGCACCAACAGCAAAUGGCCGAAGUGAUGAAGCGCAUGAAUGCAAUGUUCGCCCAACUUAGCCAAGGUGCAUGUGAUUUGGAUAUGUCUCAGGUACCAAAUUGAAGGUAAUUGGUUGUACCAUGAUACUUGCUGGGAACUAGAUGAUGAAGUACCAUAAUGCUUGCUGACAAUUUUUUGUGAUGUAAAAAAUCCUUGAGGGAUAUGCAUUUUGUGAUGUAAAAAUCUGUU